AUGGCCAUUGCCAUGGGCUGGCAGAAACCCGACAAUGUCGCGGGCUCGUCGGCGCCGGCCAUCAUGGUCGGUCUCUUCGUUGCCUCUGGCGGGUUGCUGUUCGGCUACGAUACUGGAGCCAUCAACGGCAUCCUUGCCAUGACAGAGUUCAAGGAACAAUUCGGAAAGCACACAAAUUGCGUCGACGAAAAGGGCAACAUCGACAUUUGUACAAAAGACUCAUCUAUCAUCGUCGCCAUCCUCAGCGCUGGCACUGCCCUCGGUGCUCUACUUGCUGCACCUACUGGCGAUUCUCUAGGCCGUCGCAAGACCCUUCUUGUGGCCGUGGGCAUUUUCUGCCUCGGAGCCAUCUUCCAAGUUUGCGCUAACAACAUAGAUCUGUUACUGGUGGGGAGGUAUGCGCACUUCAUUCCUCAUAUGGAAGACCGUAUCGUUAAUAAUGUCUCUAGAUUCUUCGCUGGCGUUGGUGUCGGCCUGAUCUCUGUCCUCGUUCCAUUAUAUCAGUCUGAAAUGGCGCCGAAAUGGAUUAGAGGUACCCUCGUCUGCGCAUAUCAACUAUCGAUCACAAUAGGCCUCUUCUCCGCCUCUGUGGUCAACAUUCUCGCCUCUAGACUCAAAGACUCCUCCGCUUAUCGAAUCCCUCUCGGCCUUCAGAUUGUACCAGCUAUUAUCCUUACCGGUGGCCUAUUAUUACUACCGGAAACGCCCCGUUUCCUUGUCAAGAAGGGCCUCCAUACCGAAGCCGGUCUUUCACUGAGUCGACUACGACGACUAGACAUUACACAUCCAGCGCUAGUUGACGAACUGCAAGAGAUGAUAGCAAAUCACCAAUAUGAAUUAACGUUAGGACCUGACAGUUAUAAAGACAUCUUCAUUGGUUCACCACAUCUUGGUCGACGAACAUUUACUGGUUGCGGUCUUCAGAUGCUUCAACAGCUCACCGGUAUUAACUUCAUAAUGUAUUACAGCACGUCCUUCUUUGACGGUGCCGGCGUCGAGAGCCCAUAUACCAAAUCGCUUAUUAUCAACGUUAUCAAUGUUGUCUCGACAAUACCAGGCCUGUUAGUAAUCGAACGUUGGGGCCGACGAAAGCUUUUAAUGAUCGGAGCCAUUGGGAUGGCCGGUUGCCAACUCCUCAUGGCGUCUUUCGAUACUGCGACGGGACAGAGUUACGAGAAAGCAUCACAGACCAUUCUCAUCACAUUCUGUGCUAUCAACAUCUUUUUCUUCGCUGCUUCUUGGGGACCCGUGGUGUGGGUCGUGACCUCAGAAAUUUAUCCACUCAAAGUCCGUGCAAAGGCUAUGUCAGUUUCAACAGCGUCAAACUGGAUUCUCAAUUUUGGUAUUGGCUACAGUGUACCUUUCUUGGUUGGGUCAGGGCCAGGCAACGCCUCCUUUGGACCAAAGAUUUUCUUCAUUUGGGGUGCCUUUUGCAUUCUGGCGGUCUUUUUUGUGUGGUGUAAUGUGUACGAAACAAGCAAGAUCAGCCUGGAACAGAUCGACGAGAUGUACGAACGAGUGAACCACGCAUGGAAUAGCAAGUCAUUCGAACCGAGCUGGAGCUUCCAACAGAUGCUCAACGAUGGUUGGUCACCGAGCGCCCAACCACCUGCAGGCCACGAGCUGCAAACAACGACGAGUGCAUCAAGCGCAGACACAACUCUGGGUGACGGUGACGCAUCAUCAAUCACCGUGAAUCAGAACAAUAACAACAACAACGGUUCAUCGCCUAAUAACAACAACAAUGACCAGAACAAGGGUCCGCCCAUGGCUAUGGCCAAUGUCGACUUCAGCUACUAG